GUGGGUGCCCCGCGGGCUUCCGCGACAGUUAGGGGCAGGUUCCCGGGGCGGACGCUGCUGCCCGCAGCUGUCGUGGGUGUGCUCGGCGGUGAGAACGGAAGAGCCCGUGAAGACAAGUGCUGGGCGUAGGCGCCCCUGCUGCCGCCAGACACGUAAACGUGCUUUUACUGUCUGCUAGCAGUUCUUCCGGGCAGGUAUCUGGAUGUGUGUCGUUGUUGUAAAGCUUCUUCCUCUUAAAACGCUAUUCCGAGGAAGGGGAUGUUGCAGGGGUUAGCCUGCUGCCUUUGCAGUGGCGCCUCUGCCUUCUCCCACCUGGUCCAGGGCUUUGCCGGCAGGGAUGGUGCCGGUUGGUUGCUGCCUGAGCAUUUUCCUUUAGAUAAGUCGAAGGAAAAGCUGAUCAACUUGCAUUGCUUCCUAGAGUUUGAGCACAAUGUCAUCUGAUGAGGACAAACGUGCAUUCGCGGUGACACAGGGUAACUCGGACCCUGCCAGUUCUGUCUCCACAGACCUUCAGGAGGAGUACGAGGAGCUGCUGCGCUACACUCUAGUGAAUCCACAUGCCGACCCUGGUGUAUAUCCAUCGUCUCACCCUCGGGGGGAAGCGGUGCCUGACGCUAGAAUUUCUACGGCAGUUAGUAGCAUUCUUCAUCAUCAAGGAAACAAUCCUGUGAUCAGAGAAGUGGGGAUUGAUGUUGGAAAAGGAAGUGAUUUGAAUGCUUCAGGUCAUUCGAAGACAGAUGGGUCAUCGCCCACACUGUCACCAAGGAAGCCUUCUCACCCGGUCAUGGACUUCUUCAGUUCCCAUCUGCUGGGCGAUUCUUCCUCCCCAGGAACAACCUCCAGCCACACAAAUGCCCGUGAUGGGGGUGUGGGCGAAUUCCUCAUCUCUGAAGAAAACCUGCAGACGGUGGAGAACGUCUUUGACCUCUGGAGCUCAGGCCUGAAGACAAAUAUUAUUUCUGAGCUAAGUAAAUGGAGACUUAACUUUAUUGACUGGCACCGAAUGGAAAUGAAAAAGGAGAAGGAAAGACAAGCAGCCCAUGUACAACAACUGAAUGACCAGAUCCGUGAUUUGAAGGAGCUGCAGAAGGCCUUCGAGGUCUCCCUGGGGAGAAAAGAUGAGGUGAUUGCCAGCUUGUCUCAUGCCGUGGGCAAGCAGAAGGAGCGCAUCGAGGUCAUGAGAACCUUCUUCCACUGGCGCAUUGGUCAUGUCAGGUCCACCCAGGACAUCUAUGAAGGCAAGCUAGCUGACCAGUACUUCCGGAGGAACCUGCUGAAGAAGGCGUGGAGGGGCUGGCGUGCUGUGGUACAGAAGAAGUGGAAAGACGUGGUGGAGCGAGCGUGCCAGGCAAGAGCUGAGGAAGUGUGUGUCCAGAUCUCCAACGACUAUGAAGCCAAAAUGGCCAUGUUAACUGGAGCUUUGGAAAAUGCAAAAGCUGAGAUUGUGAGAAUGCAGCAAGAAAAAGAACACUUUGAAGAUUCCAUGAAAAAGGCCUUCAUGAGAGGAGUGUGUGCACUGAACCUGGAAGCAAUGACUAUAUUUCAGAGCAAAGGUGAUGCAGGGACGGAUGGCACCGGAAACAAAAAGGAGGAGUAUGGACCUGGCGCUCCAGGCAAGGAGCACCCUGCUCAGCUGGAGCCCUCAGCUGCGUCCUCUUCCAUGGCACCGCCACCGCUGCUGGCCCCAACAGUGGCCGUGGCUGGAGCUACCAGCGUCGCUGCCAUCUCCUCUGCCAUUUCCACAGCUUCUGCCGGGGCUGCGUCCAUGUCCUCUGCUCAUGUGCCUGUUUCUGUUCUUGGCACAGGACCCGCUGCUGCCGCUGCAACAGAAGAGGUACAAUCAUAUGUGCCAAGAGUCAUCACAUCCGCACAGCAGAAAGCAGGGAGGACCAUCACAGCCCGGGUCACGGGGAGGUGUGACUUUGCCGCCAAGAGCCGAGUCAGCAGCAGCCUUGCCAUCAUGGGUGUGUCUCCGCCCAUGAGCUCCGUGGUCGUGGAGAAGCACCACCCAGUCACAGUGCAGACCAUUCCUCAGGCAACUGCAGCCAAGUACCCACGGACUGUGCCCCCUGAGGGCAGCAGCUCAGCCUCCCGGCCUCUGGGAACCAGACCCACCCAUCCCCACAUCCUGGGCAGCGUUCAGUCCAUCAAAGUGGUUGACUGAAGGGCCACAUGCCAGGGAGGUGGCCCGUUGCUCUGCCUUCACUCUUCAGCAGCCUCCCUGAUGGAGCAUCUCGGCUUCCAGGACUACAGGAGACUUUGAAGCUACACCAGCCUUUGUAAUAUGUAGAAGUUAGUUUAAUAUUAUUUUAUUUAAGAAAUUAAGUAAAACUUGCUUAAUUUUUUAAAACAGGAACUUCAUUUUUUAUCUUACUGAGCUUGUUGAUUCCGUCAUGUUUAUGAAGCCUGUUUCUUGGCAUCAUUUCUGAGGACUGGAAUAUGUCCAGUGUAUACCCACUGUACUAGAAC